AUGGAAGAGGAUGGUGAAGACUACACAAAGAUGUUUAAUGUCAUGCAAGAAGAAAUUUCUAAGAUGAAUAAAGAGCUAGCAAAGAUGAAUGCUAUAAAUCAGACAUUAAACCAGCUUCUAAGUGAAGUCAGUGAAGCUUCAUCAAACGAAAUGAAAGCCAUGAAGUUAGAAAUGGAAGCAAUGAAAGCAGACAAAGUGAUGAAAGACAAUCAGCUUAGUAUGCUAUAUGUUGUCAUGGAAAGUUACCUGAAAAUAGAUGUUCAUGCUGCUUUCAAUGAUCUUGAAGUUAAACGAACUGAAGAGAGAAGAAUUGAAAGAGAAAGGCGAUUGGCCGAAGAAGCUACUCAGCGAAGGAAAAGUAUUAUUGAGGAAACACAAGAGGCUGGUGGUUCUUCAAACCAAACUGAUGUUGAAAUGACUGAAGCUGAAGCAGAUCCUCUGGAUUCGUACUAUGCUAUUCAGAAGAAAAAGAAGGCAAAAGAAAUGUUGUUGUUAGAAUGGAAGACACAACAGUUUGUUCUUGUUGGAAAACCAUCCACAGUGCCUUACAGCAUAAAAGAGAUUGUUCGCCAAGUCAAAAUUGAAGAAAGGCGAAAAGAGGCAAAGAGGGCUCGUGGAGAAAUUGUGGAUAGUGAUUCUGAUUUGGAAAUUCUCGGUGAUGAAGAUGAAGAUGAAAACAAUGAUGAUGACAAGUCUGAUAAGAAAGAUGACAAGGAUGAUAAAGAUGAUAAGGGUAAUGAUGACGAUGAUCAGGGUGCUUCUGGGUUAUUGGUUGAGAAUCCUAAUGUACUAGAAAAGAUUGAAGAGUUGCUAAACGAUGAAAUCAAUGAACAGGAGGAUAAUCCACAUCAUGAAGCCACAACAUUUGGAAAAGAACCUGCAGAUCACGUAUUCCUUACUAACCCUACGGUUAUCUAUCUGAAUACUCAACAUGAGGGGGAAAUUGAGGUUCAGAGGUCAAGAGAAGAGAUGUUGGAAGAAUUGGGAUUGAAUGAUGGGAAAUUUAAGUUCGAUAUUGAAGAUGAGAUACCUCAGUCAUCUGAAGAUGUAUUUGAGCCUAGGUAUGCUCAUGAAGCUAAUCAUUACAACGAUGUUAUUGUUGAAGACACUUCGAUCAGAUUCCUCUGA